CUCAGAGACAGCCCUCAGAGCUCACAGAGACAGAGCAGACUAACACUCACAAACACAACACAAGUCAAACGCCCUCAAAACAACAGCUCCUGCCUGGAAAAGUCAUUCACACUCAAAACAAAUCAAGAUUAAUCCCAUGAUUAAUUUUGACGAGUUUUACUGGAUGUGCAAAAAGGACACUUGUGAUUUUUUCUGCAAAGACAAGUGGAUUUUUAUUCAUCCGUGAAGGCGUCGGGACACUUGAGCCGUGGAGCGCGCGGUCCUCAGCAUCCUCCUGGUGUGAGCAGAUUCCUCCUGCACCUGUGAUCCUGCCGCUCCAGAGCAUGGCUGCAGCCAAGACGGAGAUGAUCCUUCCAGCCCUGCAGAUCUCGGAGCCCCUCAGCUUCCCUCACUCCCCCAUGGAUAACUACCCCAAGCUGGAGGAAGUGAUGAUGCUCAGCUCUGCAGGGACACCCUUCCUCACCGCCUCCGCACCCGAAGGCGCAGGCUUUGGAUCCGGAGAACCCGGCGAACAGUACGACCACCUCACUGGAGACACAUUAUCAGAUCUCCCGUUCAACUGUGACAAAUCGGAGCAGACGUACUCCACCCAGAGGCUCCCGCCCAUCUCCUACACGGGCCGCUUCACGCUGGAGCCCGCCACCUCCUGCAGUAACAGCCUGUGGGCCGAGCCCAUCCUGGGCCUCUUCACCGGGCUCAUGAGCAGCGUCCAGUCCAGCUCCAGCUCCUCCUCCAGCAGCUCUCAGACCUCCUCUUCCACCUCCACGGUCUCCGCUCCGGUCUCGUCCUCCACCUCCACCUCCCCCUCAUCUUCCGCGGCCAGCCUCAGCGCCUCCAUCCACCACAGCGAGCCCAACCUCAUCUACACCGCGGCUCCCGCCUACUCCAGCCCCAACUCAGACAUCUUCCCUGACCAGGGCCAGGGCUUCAGCUCAGGGGGAACGGUGCAGUACCCUCCCCCCGCGUAUCCCAACAGUAAGACCUGUCCCAGCAGCUUCCCGGUGCCCAUGAUCCCAGACUACCUUUUCCCUCAGCAGCAGGGAGAGAUCAGCCUGGUCCCAGACCAGAAACCCUUCCAGAGUCAGCCCAGCCAGCCGUCGCUGACUCCUCUGUCCACCAUCAAAGCCUUCGCCACGCAGACUGGCUCUCAGGACUUAAAGAGCGUGUACCAGUCCCAGCUCAUCAAGCCCAGCCGCAUGCGCAAGUACCCCACGCGGCCGAGCAAGACCCCCCCUCACGAGCGGCCGUACGCCUGCCCCGUGGAGACGUGCGACCGCCGCUUCUCGCGCUCAGACGAACUGACGCGGCACAUUCGCAUCCACACGGGGCAGAAGCCCUUCCAGUGCCGCAUCUGCAUGCGCAACUUCAGCCGCAGCGACCACCUGACCACGCACAUACGCACGCACACGGGCGAGAAGCCUUUCGCCUGCGACAUCUGCGGCCGGAAGUUCGCCCGUAGCGACGAGAGGAAACGGCACACUAAGAUCCACCUGCGGCAGAAGGACAAGAAGGCGGAGAAGGCGGGAGCCGCGGUCACGGCGGCUCCGGUAUCGGCGGCUUCCCCCGCCUCCAGCUACCCCUCCCCCAUCACCUCCUACCCCUCGCCGGUGUCCUCUUACCCCUCCCCUGUCACCUCCUGUUACUCCUCUCCCGUGCACUCCUACCCCUCGCCCUCAGUGGCCACCACUUACCCCACGGCCUCCAUGUCCAGCACAUUUCAGUCGCAGGUAGCCUCGUCCUUCCCCUCGUCAGUCGCCUCAAACAUCUACAGCUCGCCCGUGCCCACCCCUCUGUCAGACAUGCAGAGCACACUCUCUCCUCGGACAAUUGAAAUCUGCUAAAACUCUUCUUACAAACUCUUUUUCAAGUCUUUUUGAGGAGGACAUUCCAGCUUUGGUAAAACGUUGUUUACCCUCCUAAAGCCCGUGUGCUCCCUGUACAGUGUUAGGUGAAUCUCAGAUUUACACGUGAGACUGGACAAAGACGACAUGAGACGCAGCAGAAGGGGCUGAACAAACAGGAGUUGAAGCCAGCACUGACAAAUCUUUUCGGUACAAAUCACAGACGAUGCCAGCAGUGGCCGUGCUCGCAGCAGAGACUCUGAAUAUACAUAAGCUCCAGUGUAUGUAGAUGCUACACGUGCCAUGUUUGGACUCAUCUUUCUUUGGUUCCAUUGAUGUGAAAUUAUUGGCAUAUUUGCAUUGUAUUAUUUCAAGUGACAGGGCCAUAUUUUCUACAUUCUUUCUCUUAUAUAGUGAUGCUGUGACAUGUUUCGUUUGAUAAAAGCACUUAGUAUUUAAGCAUGAGUAAGAGUGAUGUUACUUUCUGUUGUAAAUAUCAUCCUCUGGUACUACACCUGUAACAUAUGGCCUGGGUCUAUGGAAACAGAAAAGAAAACGCUUUUCAAAAACAAAAGCUCCCGUUUUUUGGUGCCUUUGUGAAGCCUUGCUGUUGUAACGCGGCUGUGCACGAGCCUUAAGGUUAAGGGAUUAUUUUUGUUACAGAAUGUAGUCGUACUCAGAGGGAGAAAGGGACGAGCGCUGAGGGCACCGCUUCAUUUCAUCUGAAUGUAAGCAAAAAAGGACAAAAGUUCUAAAAUAUAUUUUUGUAAAACCUAAGUGUAAAUAUCCAUAUCUUCAAGAGCUGGAAUGUUGAAGUUACCUACUGAGUAGGCAUGGGAUUUUUGUAUGUUAUUUACAUGCAGUUCAUUAUUUUGUUGUUAUCUUUAUUUUGUAUUUGUGUUUGUUAAAACAAGUGACUGUUUCUGGCUUCUAAACACAUUGAAUGCGCUUAACUGCCAAUGGGAUAUUUGGUGUACGAGAUAUCCUCCCAGAAAUGAAAUAUAAAUAAAAAUCUGAAUAUCUGUA